CUGAUUGAGGAGGCUUGUGAUGCGCUCGAACGGAAAAUCUGUCUCGCCUCUGCCUUAUUGGUAUUCUGUUGGGAAGGUUUCCUCAGAUGGCAGCGCAAAAUUCAAGAACAAAUGACGAGAAAGGAGCAGAUAUAAUGAACGGGGAAGAGAAAAGCUCUUUAAUAAAAGCUGGAAGUGUAGCCCUCUGCACGACAGAGGGAGUACUGAGUGACGUGCCAGUCGGUGGGGUGAGGAAGCUGGGUGUCCUCUCUGAAUAUGAGCCGGACAGGGCUGACACAAGCGCGGGCUCCCAUAAUCCUCAGAGGCACGGCAAGUACGGCGGCUCCGGUUACGCUCUGCCCCUGCGUUCGACAGACGAGCGCAGCACCAGCUUCUCCUCAGACGUGAUGUCUCCCUCCCAUCAGUCAGCCGCGGGAGAUGACUGUGCAACCAUUCUCCUGAUGUGCCUCUACUGCAAGUUCUACGACUUCCUGUUCCUGUUGCCGGACACAUGCGAGAAAGCCGUGAACCGCUGUUGCCCAUCUUACCAACACUUCUCCUCGUCCGCUGAGCCAGUGCAUAGCAACGACUGCAACUGCAACUUGGAGUUCGACUGUGGCUUGUUUGACGCCUGUCACGAGACAGGCGAGUGCCUCGAGCUGGCCAUGGAGAUCUCUGAGGUGUGUUAUCGCUGA